AUGAAAAGACAAAACACAACACAAACAGCACAAUAUCACCGAGGAUCAAUAAUUCGAAUUAAGAUGGAAAGGUUUCUUACAUAUGAUUCAGUGGAAGUAUUUCCAGGAAAAGGAUUAAAUGUUAUUAUUGGUCCUAAUGGAGCAGGGAAAUCUUCAAUUGUUUGUGCUAUUGCACUUGGAUUAGGAACAGCCCCAAAAGUCCUUGGUCGGAGUAAAGACUUAAAAGAUUUUGUAAAGAUAGGAGAAGAGGAUGCUGUGAUAGAAGUAGAGUUAUUUAAUGGAAUAACACGAGCGAAUAAUUUAGUUAUUAGAAGACAAUUUAAUUUAAGUAAUCAAAGUAAUUGGUUUAUUAAUGGAAGAACAGCAAGUCACAAAGAAGUUUUACAGAAGUGUAAUGAAUAUUGUAUUAUGAUAGAUAAUCUUUGCCAAUUUCUUCCACAAGAUAGAGUUUCUGCAUUUAGUAGUCUUAACCCAGCAGAGUUGUUAAGAGAAACAGAAAAAGCAACAGGGACCUCUGAUCUUGAAGAAAAACAUGACCAAAUAAUUAAGGCUCAAGGUUCUAUUGGUGAGUUAAGAAAAAAAUCUGCACAACAAGAGAAAGGGAUUCAAGAAUUAAAAUAUAGAGUAGAUGGAUUAGAAAAGAGUGUACAUGAGAAACAUGAACAAGAACGAAGACAAACACGACUAAAUCAAUUAAAGAUGAAAAAACCAUGGGCUGAAUUUGAAGAAGUAAGAAAAAAGGCUGUUGGUUUAAGAGAACAAAAACAACAAUUACAACAAAAACUUGAUUCAUUGCAUCAAGAAAUGACACCAGUUGAAAUAGAAUUUAAUAAAAUUAAAAAUAAAAUUGAAAGUGAAGAUAAGAAAGUAAAUGAUACGAAGACAAUAUGUGAUAAAAAUGAACGAGAAAUUAUUAUUGCAGAAACUCAAAAAGAAAAAUUAGAACAAGAACUUUCAAAUAAAAAGAAAGAAGUAGAGUUAGCAAAAAAGAGAAAAGAAGAGAAGAAUAGAAAUAUUAAUGAACUUAAAAAUGAACUUAUUAUUAUUGAACAAAAACUUAAAGAUAUACCAAAUUUAGAUGAACUUGAAAAAAGAGCAAAUGAAGAACAAGUUCAAUUAAAAGGAUUUAGAGAACAAAUUAAUGAAAAACAAGAUAAAGGAGCUUCGUUAGACACACAAUUAAGAGAAAUGAAUGGAAAAAUAUUACAAUUAAAUAGAGAUUUGGCAAAGUUAAAUGAUUUAAAAGAAAAUAAAUUAAGAAAAGUAUUUGAUUAUGACGCUUCAGUAAUGCAAGCGUAUAGAUGGUUACAAGAACAUAAAGGAUUAUUUGAAGAAGAAGUUUAUGGACCAAUUUGUGUAGAAUUAAAUGUUGCAAAAGAUGAAUAUACAAACUUUGUUGAAAUGUGUGUUCCAAUAUCUGUAUUAAAAGGGUUUGUUGUUACAAAUAAGAAAGAUGAAGAUACUUUAAUUAGUAAACUUGUUGAAGAAAAAGGAACACAAAUACAAGUUUUUAAAAGAGAACAUGACAGUUAUGGAACACAAGCUACACAAUUGAGACUUCAUUCUGAAUAUGGGAUAUUAACUACAAUGGAUAAGGCAGUUGUUGGACCAGAAGCAGUAUUAAAAGUAGUAGAGGAUAUGUGUCAAUUAAGUAAGAAAUUCAUAUGUACUAAAGAAACUGAACAAUAUAUUGAAAGAUUACCGCCUGGUACAUAUUUUACUCCAUCUAGUGUAAUAAAUAAAGUUAAGUCAAGAUAUUCAGAUGCAGUUUCUGAUAAAGUUAAUAGUAUUAGAAAAGCAAGAUUUUUAAGUACUGCAAUUGACACAAAUCAAAAAUUAAAAUUAGAACAAGAAAUUAAAGAAAUUACUCAAGACCUUGAAGGAGUUAAAAGAAGUAUUGAAGAGAAUAGAAAAGAAAUAAAAAUAUUAGAAGAGAAAAAACAUGAAAUCGGAAGAGGGAUUGAAGAGUUUAAUAGAGUAAAAGGAGAAAGAGAUAAAUUAAUAAGAUCAAAGAGAAGUAAAGAGAAUAAUUUAAAACUAUUUGAGAAUGAUGAAGACCUUGAUAAAAAGAUAGGAGAUUUACAAAAAGGGAUUAAAAAAAUACAAACAAAAAUUAAUGAACAAGUAUUAAAAAUGGGAGAUUUAUUGAAGAGAUUUAUUGAGGCAAAAAUGGAAACAAAUCCAGUAAGUUGUAUUGUUAGGAUAUUAAGAAUUAAACAACUGAGAUGUAAAAAUCAAUUAAAUGAAUUUAAAAGAAGAUUAUCAGAAUUAGAAAAUGAAUUUAGAAGAAUUGGGCAAUUAUAUGAUGAUGCAAAAAAUGAAGCAGUUAAAAAAAGAAAAGAUGCUGAAGCAGUAUGUAUAAUUACUAAUGAACUUAAUGACAUAUUUCAACAAUUACCAGAUGAAGUUAGUGCUAUUGAAGAAGAAAUAGAAAAUGAAGAAAGUAAAUUAAAAUAUAGACAAAAUAUAGAAGAAAAUGUAGAGGAAUUAUAUCAACAAGCAAAAAAUGAAUUAAGUAAAAGGCUUGAAGAUGCACAAAUAGUAAAUGAAGAAAUUAAAAAUGCAGAAGAAGUUAUGACAGGAAUUAAAGAUGAAUGGUUAAAUAAAGUUAAAGAAGUAGUUGAACAUAUUAAUGAAUCAUUUAGUAUAUAUAUGAGUCAAAUUAAUUGUAGAGGAAGUGUAGAAUUAGAUGAAAAAGAAGAAUACGAUAAAUAUGGAAUCAUUAUUAAAACAUUGUUUAGAAAAGAAGGAAGUUUACAACAAUUAAAUGCACACACACAAUCAGGAGGAGAAAGAAGUGUUGCAACAAUGUUAUAUUUAUUAAGUUUACAAGAACAAACAUUUUGUCCAUUUAGAUUAGUUGAUGAAAUAAAUCAAGGAAUGGAUCCAUUAAAUGAAAGAAUGAUUUUUUCUCAAAUAGUUAAAGCAGUUAAUAAAGAAAAUGCACAACAAUAUUUUUUAGUUACUCCUAAAUUAUUAUCUGAUUUACCAUUUGGAGAAAAUAUGACUGUGUUAUGUGUUAUGAAUGGUAAAAUUGAUCCAGCGCCAUACAGUUUUGAUGCUAUAAUAGAUUCAAUGAAAUAA